CUCCCCUCCACCAAGACGCACAAGUCUCUGAACCGAAGGAUAUCUCGGCCUCCCUACAGAAGCUGACUAUUCGGAUCUAUGUAAUGAUUUAUCCCACACCAUGAUCCCAUACUGAUACGAAAUUUAGACAUAUUUAGUCAGUAAAUCGACAUAUUUGUUCAAGGACAUUGGUUGGCGUCAACCAUGCGCAAAAAUUCACGCUAUCAAAGCAGAGAAUCGCCGUAAACGGAAUGAUCGCGUCUCACGUGAAGUCACCCUGAUUGUUUGUUUUUAAAGAAAGCGACACGCAUAUCGGCUCCGAAAAUAUCCGCAACCAAGAGACCGAAGUGGGAACGAACGCUGACAUCCGCAGUAUAUCUGGAAAUACGGUGUCCUGAGCCAUGGGGGCCUUCUUGGACAAACCGAAGACAGAGAAACACAAUGCUCACGGUGCAGGCAACGGUCUGCGCUUCGGCCUGAGCAGCAUGCAGGGCUGGCGGGUGGAGAUGGAGGAUGCACAUACGGCUGUUGUGGGUCUACCACAUGGCCUGGAUGACUGGUCCUUCUUCGCAGUGUAUGACGGUCACGCUGGCUCCCGAGUAGCCAACUAUUGCUCCAAACACCUGCUGGAGCACAUCAUAACCAGCAGCGAGGACUUCCGUUCAGGGCCCGACACUGUGGAGGGUGUUAAAAGUGGCAUUCGUUCUGGCUUCCUGAAGAUUGACGAGUACAUGCGCAACUUCUCGGACCUACGUAAUGGCAUGGACCGUAGCGGUUCCACAGCAGUCGGUGUGCUGGUGUCCCCUGAACACCUCUAUUUCAUCAACUGUGGAGACUCCCGUGCUGUUCUCAGCCGUGCCGCACAGGUACGGUUCUCCACACAAGACCACAAGCCGUGCAACCCACGUGAAAAAGAGCGCAUUCAAAAUGCAGGAGGUUCCGUGAUGAUCCAAAGGGUGAAUGGUUCUCUUGCUGUGUCACGUGCCCUGGGAGACUAUGACUACAAGUGUGUGGAUGGGAAGGGCCCCACUGAGCAGCUGGUAUCUCCAGAACCGGAGGUGUUUGAAAUCCCACGCAUUUCAGAAGAGGAUGAGUUUGUGGUGCUCGCUUGCGAUGGUAUUUGGGAUGUGAUGAGCAACGAGGAGCUGUGUGAUUUUGUGCGCUCUCGGCUAGAGGUGUGGGAUGACUUGGAGAAGAUCUGCAACUCUGUGGUGGACACCUGUUUACAUAAGGGAAGCCGUGACAACAUGAGUGUUGUUCUAGUAUGUUUCCCCAAUGCGCUGAAGGUAUCAGAGGAGGCUGUCAAGAGAGAGGCCGAGUUGGACAAGUUCCUGGAGGCUCGUGUGGAAGAAAUCAUGGAGAAGUCAGGGGAGGAAGGCAUCCCAGAUCUGAGCCAUGUCAUGCAUAACCUUCACCCUGAGAGCAUCCCUAACCUGCCUCCGGGAGGUGGCCUCGCUAGCAAACGUAGUGUAGUUGAGGCUGUUUACAACAGGCUAAACCCACACAGAGAAGAAGAUGGGAGCGGAGGUGACCUGGAUGACCCCUGGUAGCCCGAGCAGCCAACGGCUUCUGAAUCCACACGAAACUGCAUUGUACAGUAGAGAGAUUUAUUUUUACUCCCACCCCCCUCCCUCCUGAAAUCUGUGUCAAUUACGAGCAGUGAUGGGACUGCUCGAGCAGAAGUUGCUGGAUGCUAAUUUGGAGGCGUGAACUCUGAACUCAGCUGGAGGAGGGCGGGGCCAGUGAGCUCUGAGAGGGACAGGGACCCUCGUUCAGACACGGCUCUCUUUGAACCCCUUCACAACCACGCAUGUGCAGCUUUUUGGAGGCAUGAUCUCAGUUCUUGUUCACCGUUUUUGCCACCCUCUUUAACCCUGCGACUCUUACAGGCUCUAUCCCACCAGCUUGGACAGCAGCCACAGAAAUGUAAUUUAUCUGUUGUGGAUUUUUCUUUCUCUUUUGGGGCCUAGGGGACUUUGUUCUAGUGUCAUUCAUUUUGGGGCUUGCUUUUAAAAAUGAAAAAAAAGAAAAGAAUUACCCUAGGAUACUCUUGAGACUCAAUCCUGACAGCAGGAGAUUACUCUCUGAAUGGAGAGAACUUUAUUUAGAGGAGCUUGUCACGGUGACGUCCUUACAGUCGCCUCAGAGACCGUACAUAAGAACUGAACUCCUCCUCUUUUUCGCAGCACACUUCGUCACCUGCUCUCCCCACUGAUUUAUCCCCAUCAGCUUGCCUUUUGGUUUGUGGUUUUCUCUAACAAAAUAGUCCAAUUUCAAAUAGGUUUCCCCCUCUAUCAUUUUGACUCAUCAUUUUAAAAAAUGUUUUUUAUUGCAGAUUAUAUGGCGUAUUUGACAUUGUUUGAUUGCACUCACAUUUGAUUAUGAAAACAAAAAAUACUGAAAAAAAAAACUAUGAAAGCGAAGCUAUGAGAGUGUUUCUAAAGUGAAACUGCAGAAAUAUGUAUGUGUAUAUAGCUAUAUAUAUUUUUUUUUCUCCUUAAACAGCGGAGUGAAAGAGUGGGAGGGGACGCUCUCUCCUCAGACUGACUGAUAGGUACUUGAAUAUUCAUUAUGAGUGGUUCUGAUGUUUUAUUUUUUAGUAAUCCUUACUGUAGGAUUGUUUUCUAACUGUGCCUGUAAAAGGUGAACCAUGCUCUAAGGGUGUACUUACAGGAUAGUUGGCUCUGAAUGAAUGUACCCCUUAUUUACACUGAUACACAAUACAUAUACCUUCACGCACCCAUUUGUACAUUCUCAUGCAUAACAUUUUCAUAUGUGCAUUUAUUGUUUGAUUAGCUUUAUUGUAUACAUUCACAUUCUUACUCCAUUUACUUCACAUGUGAGUGUUUUCUUCUUUUUUUCUGCGCUGUGCGAUCACCGGACAUACACAUGUUCUGGAGGCCUUUUUCUUCCUUCCUUUUUUGUUUUUGGUUGUUUAUUAAUCGACUUCACCUGCUCUGGUGUGUAGCUUUAAAAUGAGUGUUUAAUUGAAUUUUAUGAGAUGAUUAUGUAUGUAUAUAUAUUUUUGCAGUUUUCCCCUCUUCUGGUACACAUAACUUGUAGCCAUAAUUGCUGGAAAGCUUCAUUUUAAGAUGAAUAGAUUUGAGUCCAUUUCCAGUUGAGAUGGUAAAGAGAUAUAUUUUGUGCGGUGAGUGCUCAUGGACAUUCAUUUGCGUUGUGUGUAUAUCAACAAUUAUUGAUGCAUAGAAUAACUGAGACAAAGUAUUUUAUUUAUUCUAAAGUCUGUUGGCUUAAGAAGAGAGGGUUUUGUCGGAGGGGGAAACUAUUGUCCCGUGUGUUUUGGAGAGUGUGAUUGAAUGCUUUUGCUCUCACGUCCUUGCUCUCUUUCUCUCUGAUUCUCUCUAACCACCUGACGAGCUCAUGUAAUGAACGUCCCCAGUAUGAUGUUGUGAUGUUUCAGUAGCAAACCGUGAAUAUGAUCUGUUCUCCUCAAUAAAGGAUUGCUAAAGUUUGAUGUUAACACAA